AUGGAUUUUGUUUUUGGUCAGGCAAGACACGGAACUCGUGCUCCAACCACAAAAAGGAUCAAAGAGUUAAACAACUUGGAAAAUGAAUUGAAGAAACUUUUAGGAGCUAAUGUAGGAAAUGACGAUCACUUAUUUUCUCUUCCUUCCUGGUUGAAGGAUUGGAAAUCUCCUUGGGCUGCAAAAAUUAAUGGUGGAGAAUUAAUCCCCGAAGGAGAGAAAGAAUUGUACGAUCUCGGAAUCCAAACCAAAAAAUUGUUCUCUGACUUGUUCAUCGAUCCUUACAACUCCGAUAUAUACACAAUCAAAGCAACUCAGGUUGCUCGAGCAUCAGCUAGUGCUGUGGCAUUCGGUAUGGGGCUAUUCAGUGGGAAUGGAAGUCUUGGUUCAGAUCGUCAUCGAGCUUUUUCUGUUGUUACUGAGAGUCGUGCCAACGAUACCAUGCUUAGGUUUUUCGAUCGGUGUCACAAAUAUGAGGAUUACAAGAAGGAUCAGAAACCUAAAGUUGAGGAGCUUAAGGAACCUGUACUUGUUGAUAUAACUAAGUCAGUCACUGCACGUUAUGGUCUAAAAUUUACCCCAAAACACAUUUCAACUUUGUGGUUUCUUUGUAAGCAGGAGGCAUCCUUAUUUGACACAACGGAUCAAGCCUGUGGACUGUUCACCCCUUCUGAGGUUGCUUUGUUGGAGUGGACGGAUGAUAUGGAGGUGUUUAUAUUGAAGGGUUAUGGAAAUUCAUUAAAUUAUAGGAUGGGAGUUCAUUUGUUGGAAGAUGUUGUUAACUCCAUGGACAAAGCUAUCUACAACAAAGAAAGUACAUAUAUACAUACAUAUACAUACAUACAUAUACAUAUACUAUAUAUACAUACAUAUACAUAUAUAUACACAUAUAUAUAUAUAUUACACACAUACACAUCUUAAUUAAAGACCAAUUAAUGGUGGAAUUUGUAUUUAACUUUUUUUAUGUUAUGGUAGAAAAACAAGUUCCCGGAACCUAUGAGAAGGCAAGACUUCGUUUUUCUCAUGCUGAAACUUUGAUUCCAUUCACAUGUUUGUUGGGGCUCUUCCUUGAAGAAGGAAAAGGUACACUAAUUUUUUUUAACGAACAAUUACAAAUAAAUCAAUCAAAGUUAAAGUAUCAGUAGAAAUACAACAUAAUUUUUGUA